CCUUAUGGAUAAAAGAAAAAUAUGGAGGAAAUUGUCACUUGUGUGGGUGUUAGCACCAUAAAGUCAGUUACACAUUUGCUGUUACUCUUUGUUUCUCAAAUUUUGUUAUGAAAUCAGAAAUCAGUUAAACUACAAUGUCAAAAGCUUUUGCCUCCAACACACUUGUUCCGCCAUGGAAUUCUUCUGAGCAACCAUUAGUCCCCUCUCAUUCCCAAUUCCACUUCAAACCCACCACCCGCCGUCACCUUAUCACCUCAAUUUCCAUCCUUAUGACUCCAUUUAGCCCCUUUCCAUUGCCAGUGUCCCAUGCUCGUGGGCUUUUUCAAAUGCCCCCUUUUCGCCUCUCUAACAGGUACUUUUUAGUGAGAGCAGGGGAAUCGGAAUAUGAGAGUCUGGGGUUGAUUAAUACUAAUCCAGUAGCCAAAACAUCUGUAGAUAAUGGAUUGUCUGAAAAGGGGAAGAAACAGACAAUUAGGGCAGCGUUUGAUUUGAAGGAAAUGAGGGCUUGUGAUGGAAAUUGUUGGAUUUGGCCUUCAAUCACUCAGAGGGCUUAUCAGGCUGCUGAGAUUAUCGCUGCUGUUAAUGGUGUUAACCGAAGCCAUAUAGUUCCUGAAUAUAGCUUUCUCGAUGCUCGUGGAUUGGGGGCAUAUGAAGGAAAAAGUUUGGAUACUUUAUCCCAAGUGUACGAAUCAGAUAGCCUUUCUCCGAACAUAAAGCCACCUCCUACUGAUGAUGGAACUCCCAAUGAGAGUGUUUCGGAUGUCUUUGUCCGUGUAACACAAGUUAUGUCGAUUCUUGAGACUCAAUACUCUGAGGACACAGUCAUCAUAGUCUCACCAGAUUCUGAUAACUUGACAAUUCUGCAAGCUGGUUUAACAGGGCUUGAUCUUCGAAGGCACAGGGAUCUUUCUUUUGGGCCAGGUGAAGUUAGAUUUGUUGACGCUAGCAGCAUACCUACCUAUAAGCAACCUGCAUCCACAGUUUAUAAGUGCUUAAACCCCCCUAGCUGUACAUGACAUUAUAAUCCUAAGCUUCGAUUUCACCAACAAGAAUGCAGGAUCAUAUCUUAUCAUUGUUGUUGAAGAUGGGCCCAGGCAGCUGUAUAGUUUUUCUUCAACCAAUGUUGUAAGGUUCAUUAGAUCAUAGUAGUGUAUCAAUUUUAAUGUCUUAUUCCUACCAAAUGUACUUGAGAUGGUUUUUGAAUUUUAUAGGCAAGAAUGUCGAAUUUGUGUUUGUAUAUAGCAAGAAAGAGAGAGACAAAAAAAAUGGGCGGAGGAAGAUCGUAUUUGUAUAAUCAUGAGUCUAUAGCACAAAAAUAGCAUUUGUAUUUGUAUAUGCAUUUUUCUCUCGCUUUAUACAAACACAAUAUAUA